GGUUGCGUGGUUGAAAGACACUGGGAACUAGUUUGCUCAUAUGGGCACUCCGCGAAAAGUACAGCGGGCUCAGACUGGUUUGGGAUGACGAUUACAUAUGAUUUCUCAGCUGGUGGAGGGUAGAAAAGGUGGCCACGAAACAUGACAAGAAAACUGUCUAAAGAGGAGAUCAAAGACAAAUUUGAUGGAGAAGAGCUAGACUUGAGUCUGUGCAAUUUAGCUAAAGUGCCUGUGCGAGAAAUGGCCUCUUUGCCUAAGGCAACGGUGGUCGAUCUAUCUUGUAACAAUUUAACUACUCUACCGGACGCAUUUUGCACUCUGCACCAUUUAGUACGAUUGGAUUUGAGCAAGAAUGCUCUUGUAGAACUUCCAAAGGACUUUGGUAACCUCAGUCAACUCAAGCGGCUAGAUUUGUAUAGCAAUCAGCUGAGCUCUCUACCACUUAGUUGUGUAAGUCUUAAGCAACUUAGAUGGCUGGACUUGAAGAAUAACCCUUUACAGACUCUAUGGCCAGAUGUUAUUGGACAUUGUUUAAGUGAAGAAGACUGUAGACAAUGUGCCAUAAAUGUGCUGAGAUAUCUAAAAGUCUUAGCUGAGAAUGAGGAACAAGAGAACCAAGUGAAAUUAUUGUUAGAAAGAGAGCAAAAGGCACUAGAAGAAGAAAAAGAGCAACUUCAAAGGCAACUGAAAAAGAGGCAAAGACAGCAAGAAAAACAACUGAAAAGAGAAGCUUAUGAAGCACUGGAAAGACAAAAAAAGAUGAUGGCUGAAGAGACAGACAAAGCCUUAAAAGCCCAAGAAGAAUUUAUGGAAACGAGGCCUGUAAAACAGGAAGUUGUAACACCAGCUGAGGAAGAUGGAGGUCUCAUGGGACUGUUAUUGAUAUUUACAUUGCUCACACUUGGUAUUGCUAUGGCCAUUGUCAUCUUUUGCCACCAUGAUGCCACUUGCCAUGAACUUUUAUCUUCAUUAUCAUCUUGACGAUGAAUAAUGAUUAGAAUAUUUUGAAGUGAAUUUAAUGGUCAGAAUUGUUAAGUCAAAGACCUGCUCUCUACUAGAGGUUAUUUGUCUUUUAAAGCAGAAGUGAGUGGCAAAGCCACAAAAAUGUGUUGCUCCGGAGAAUAUUCAUAUCCCUGCCCUGCCCUGCCCCCC